GAAGUGUGCUGUGGGGUGUGAAGGUGUUGGGUGGUGGCUGUAAACUUUGCUGAGUUUCAGAUCGGAGCCGCAGCGCUGCAGAGAGAGACAGAGGGAGAUAAAGCGGGUUUUUUAACAGUAGAGGGAGUUUAUUAGUUAGUUUAUUAGUUUAAACAGGUUUUACUGUAUUUAAUCCGGUUAUUAAAUAGUUUAUUAGCACAUUAGCUAACUGCUACUUACCGUUAGCUCAUAAAGGCUCAGUAACCCGGAGUAAUGCAGGCCAUAAAGUGUGUGGUGGUGGGAGACGGGGCUGUAGGUAAAACAUGUCUGCUGAUCAGCUACACCACCAACGCUUUCCCAGGAGAGUACAUCCCCACAGUAUUUGAUAACUACUCUGCGAAUGUGAUGGUGGAUGGAAAACCCGUUAACCUGGGUCUGUGGGAUACAGCAGGACAGGAAGACUACGACAGGCUCCGCCCCCUCUCCUACCCUCAGACAGAUGUGUUUUUGAUCUGCUUCUCCCUUGUAAGUCCGGCCUCUUUCGAAAACGUUCGCGCAAAGUGGUACCCAGAAGUAAGACACCACUGUCAAAACACUCCCAUCAUCCUGGUAGGAACUAAACUCGAUCUGAGGGACGAUCAGGACACCAUCGAGAAGCUGAAGGAGAGGAAGCUCACCCCCAUCACCUACCCUCAGGGCCUGGCCAUGGCUAAAGAGAUCGGAGCCGUAAAGUACCUGGAGUGCUCAGCCCUGACUCAGCGCGGCCUUAAAACAGUGUUUGAUGAAGCCAUCAGAGCCGUCCUCUGCCCUCCGCCGGUGAAGAGCAGGAAGAGGAAGUGCACCCUGCUGUAGAAGUGGAGGAGAGGACCGGAGGUCUGUACUGAGUUCUGAGGGAAACGGAGAGAAACAGAGCUGAUUCCAGACACAGUCUCCUUCCUGAAGACCAGUACACACUUUUACCUUCACAAAACUGAUCAUCUAUAGAUAUAGAAACGGAACAAAUUGACCUCAGAUCCAUCUUCCCUUAGACAGAUGUUCACACACAAACCCAAUAUUAGAAUUCCUGAGGCCUUUGAACACAUCACACAUCACCCGUCACGUUUUGAGGAGCUAUCUCGCGCUUGGUUCGCUGUUUACAGUCUUUGUUGGAAUGGAAUGAAGGUCUUUGCCAAAUAGCACUGCUGCAGUUACAACAUCGUUAACACACACACACACACACUACAUCUGUUUCAUUUUUAUGUUUUAUUGACUUGAAAAGUGUUGUAGUGAACAGUAAGCGUGCCCUGUGUCUUGUAAUAAUAAAAUUCCUUAUAGAUUAGUCACUAAGUGUGUUUACAUGCAAUCAAAAUCCGAUUACUGCAGUCUGAUUUAUUAGUAGUUAAAAGUAGUAACAUAAUCCAAUUCUUAGAUGUUCCUAGAUUGAGAUAUAGUGAAACGGUGUAUAAAUCAGAUUAAGAUAAAAAAAAAAAAAUCUAAUUACUCAGAUUAAAAUAGAAAAUCUUAAUCAGAUUUCUGUAUUUUUCAGGGCAUGUAUUCUCUUAACCAGAUUGUUCUCGUAGGUCUUAUUCUGUGUGCAUGCGUGAAAACAGACCCUGGUAGCAGAAAUAAACAAACAGUGUUUAAUAGGGCAGCACCCAUGAGAAGCAGAUGCGUAAAGUUCGGGUUUUACGUAAAAUUUACGUCACGUCGCAAGGCAAGGCAAGUUUAUUAUUUAAAAAAUACGAAUAGAAGUCAAAUAAAAAAACUAUAAUAAAAUAAAGCAUGAAUAAAACAUGAUACUGUUACAGAAUAAAAGUGGGCGGAGCUGCAAUGUUUUAGGCUAAGCUGAAGGUCUGAUCAAACAUGUAGGUUUUUAGUCUGAAUUUAAAAGUGUUUAGUGUUGGUGCUCUUCUAAUGCUCUCUGUUAACUGGUUCCACAAGGCCAAUGUAUACAUUUGCAUGAAACAUACAGUGCAGCUUACAUGUACAAUUUAACCUUCAGAACAAUGUAUAGUCGCGGAUACACAAACGCAGAAUACAGAAGUAAAAAAAAAAAAAAAAAAAGGCAGCUGCAUAGGGCGCUCGCACAGGCUGCUCUAUAAAGAACCAGAAACGCAUGAGGUAUAAAUGCAGACAGCUGCAUAGGGCACUCGCACAGGCUGCUCCAUAGAAAAUGCAAUGCAGAAGUAUAAAUUGGCCUUUAUUCUUCGAGUUUACUGGCUGGUCGCAAAAAGCUGAGUUCUAAUUAUUGAUUAUCUGACUUAUAUAAAGUUAUCUAAUUACCCAAAUUCAUGUAAACGUCUUUAAUGGAUUUCUGACAAAAUCAGCUUACUAAUGUUCUGCAGUAAUCGGAUUUAUGAAGUGCAUGUAAACACAAACACUUAUUAAUAUUUAGCAUAGAAAAAAGAAAACACUAAAUCUGGUUGUGGUAUUGUGGAGAGUUCAUCACUGGCUGUAUAUUUGUAUUAAGUACUACAUGAUCAUCAUGAAUUAUUGAACACUAUUGCUGCGUUUCUUUAGAUCUUGGAUCCAAGUAUGAUAUUUAACCUGGAGCUCCCUCACCAGCAGGAGUUCAUACUCAGAAAGUUGGGAAAGCUUUACAAAGUCCAACCCACGCAUAUCACCAGUAUAUUAUACAGUUUAUUAUCACUUCUAUCUAAUAUUAGGUUUCCCUCAAGGGUUUCUUGGAUGAAAAAUGAUAAUAUAUAUUGUAGAUAUGCACCGAAUUAUCGCCAAAUAAAAUUAUUCAGCAGAAAAAGUCUUAUAAUUCCUAAUAAACUGUGGCAUUAAAUGGCAGUUUGCAGACAGUUUCUGCUGUAAAACGGCGUAUUUAAUAAUCAAAAACCUGCGAAAAAAUGUUGUAAUUGUUUAAAUGCCAUCAUUCACGUUUAAUUCUCUUUGGUUUCACUAACAGUGUUAGCAAUGCUAACCUGGGACGUAAAAUGUGGAUAUGAUGGGUAGACAAUUCAUUCAAUUAUAGUACAAUAUAUUGGGAUACUGUUACUGUAAUCAAGUUGAUAUAUUGAAAAUUAAACAUUUUUAUCCAAUCAGAACAGUGGGAUCUAACAGCAGAGUACAGCACUGCCAUCUAGUGGUUGGAGUUUAAACACAACACUAAAUGAACCACUUCUGACACCAAUCUUUACACCCAAGCUAAUAAUCAACAAUCAGUACUGUGUUUUUGAAUAUUGAUAAUGUGUUGCCAAACGAAAUAUUGCAAAAUAAUACAAUAUCGAUAUUUUCUUACACUUCUACUCAAUGAUUGUCAAACAAAAGUCUUAAUUUAAGCUGACGAAAUGUUUUGGAGAUGUUGGAACGCCGUCAGUCAAUCAGUCGGUUUCUUCAUUCGAAUUCCGAGGAAAAUUGAACGCAGCAUUUCACUUAGAGCAUCGCAAUUGUGUUCUACACAAUACUACGCUAAUACUAUGAGGUAAAGAUUGUGUACUACCAUUAAUACUGAGGGUUUGGAAGGAUAGAUUUUAUGUAUACUAAGUACUACAUACUCAAACACCUAUAGUUAGUAUUGGUAAUUAGUUUACAAUUGGGAUUCACCCAUUGUCUUUGAGUUUUACUGUUAAAUAUGAAGAUUUUGGGCCUGAACAGCUUCAGUGUUGUUUACCUGCUUCAACAGAAGCACAGAUAUACCUCUUAACUACGCUACAGCAAGAUUGUAACUCGCUAUCGUCAAGCUAAGCUAAGCUAUGCUAAGCUAAUCCAAGCUAGUCCUCUUCAAUAUACCAGUCUAACCUAUGUAAAACACGAUUAAUGAGAUUAACGAGAUGGAAACAAACAAACUGAGGUCUGAAAGUGUGGAAAGUGUGUGUAUGUGUGUACUGAAGUGUAUGUGAAAAUGUGUGUGUGGGAAUCGAUGCAUCGAUCAUAUAAAAGAACACUAUAUAUAUUAGGGCUAUCUGUAUUCUUGAUCCUUUAAUGGUUUCGAUGCAUUUAUAAUAAACCUUAUAAUAAAUACAGCAGUAAAUAUUCUUUACAGGGUGUUUUUGUUAACGGCACAUUUAUAGCAACAUAUUUUUCCCGUCUUUUUUUUUAUAUAUAUAUAUUUUUUAAAAGGCAACAGACUACUGUCGACGUUGUAUGUGUUUUACGUGAAAGGAAUUUGUGAAGUAGCUCUUUUCUUUCCUUUUUAAUUUCUCACUCCAACACCAUAGUUAAUCUUUUUUUUUUUGUGAAAAACUAUAUUUUUUACUUUGUACUCGUGGCAAUUAAAUGUCAUAUCGACUUAGUACUUGUUUUUUUUUUUCGUUCUUUUCCUUUUUAAAGGCGUGCAAAAUGGCAUCGAGUAUGAUGAAAAUACAGAGUAUAAAAAUGUGCAUAUUUGCCAUUUAUCAUGUUUUCAUUUGUGUCUGCACAAAUAUAGCCAAUGUUGUAACAUUGUUUUUAGGGCUGAUGCUAAUCACUUGCUAUACAAAAAUGGUAACAGAAAUAAAUAAAUCAAUUAAUUAAUUAAUUAAAAGGAAA